CAUAUUCCUGGGGACUACCUUUCAAAGCCACAGCACCAGCUCAGCUAUCAAGAGACUGGGAGAAAAUCAAACUUUUUGGAUCACAGCACUAGAUAAUGAAUUACACGAUCACCUCCUGAGAGAUAACAAGCGUGAAAGCAUUACCCAGGGUGGACAGUGCGGAUCUGGCAUCUUAUCCUACAGAGCGCUCGGAAAACUACAAUCAAAGAUGGAUUCUGAAGGUGAGGAGCAAACCCUGAAAACAUGUAACAGUAGCACAGGGCUGGCCGACUGCAUCACGGAGACUCACAGCCCAUAUGGGUCCAUGGCGAGGAAGAGGAGUGCUCAGGAAGGGGUGCAGGGCGCCCCCGUCAACAAGAGAAAGUCCCUGCUGAUGAAGCCCCGCCACUACAGCCCCAGCGAGGCAUGUGAAGAGGAGAGCGAGGACCUGGCACCGCCACAGGACAAAGAAGAGCUGAGGAACAUUGACACUCCAGCAGAUGGGAACUUAAGUUCAAUCAAUGGAGUUGCCUACAAAAAUGGCUGCCACGAUGCGGCAGCAAAGUCCAGUGAUUCUCUCGGAUGGUCAGAAGUGACAUCCGACGGCUCUCCGCAGUGUGAGCCGGACACAUCUGAACCUCUGAUGGACGAAGAUGAUGAGGAGCUCCUUAAUAAUGAAAGAGAAGACCAAAGUCACGACAGGAUGAGCGGUAAAUCGUCGCCACGUAGUCCGUACGAAGACAUGAGGGAAGCCGAGUGGGAGCCUCUGUCUCUGUCCGCCAAGGUGAACGGCUCUAACUGCAGCCCCUCCAGAGUCUCCGAAGACCUUUCAGUCAGGAACGGCCUCGUGAAAGAAGAGCCACAGUCAGAUUUAGGUGGUGCGAUGGGUAGGGCAAGUAUUUUUCAGGCUGAGGCUCUGAGAUACAGGCCGCUCCCUGCAGAGGAGGACAGUGAGGGGGAAGCGGAGGCGGAGAGGCCACCGCAGCUAGACGGCUGGGCUCUGGGCCUCCAUGAAAGAGGCCUGGAGAUGGGCCGAGGGAGGGUGAACCUCAGCCUGUUGGAGCAGGCCAUCGCUCUGCAGACAGAGCAGAGACAGGUCCUGCACCACGCCUACAGGGAGAUGGACCGGUUCCUCUUGGAGCAGAUGACCAAUGAGAGGAGGCACCAUCGGAUGAUGGACAUGGACAGACUCAACUAUCAUGGAGGAAAAGAUUCUCCACGCACAGAUAAAAAGGACAUUAAGUGUCCAACUCCAGGCUGCGAUGGCACUGGUCAUGUGACUGGCCUGUACCCACAUCACCGGAGUUUGUCUGGGUGUCCUCAUAAAGUCCGAGUUCCUCCAGAGAUCCUGGCCAUGCACGAGAAUGUCCUCAAGUGCCCUACACCCGGGUGCACAGGAAGAGGCCAUGUCAACAGCAACCGUAGCACCCACCGGAGCCUCUCCGGCUGCCCCAUCGCUGCUGCAGUGAAAGUCUCCAAACCUCAGGACGAGAGCCUGAAAUGCAGACAAACACCUGACCGCUCACCGAGAGCCAUCGGCUUGAUAAAGAAGUUCGAGAUGAACCAGUUGAACUACAGGCUCUCUCAUCCAGUAGCAGCCUUGCAAACGAGCCUCACAAAAGACAUGGACAAGUACAGCAGAAUCCGCUUUGAUUACGCAAGCUUUGAUGCACAGGUCUUCGGCAAACAGCCUCUGAUGGGGACCAACCAGGACCAGGAAAUGUCACAUUUCCCCGACUCACCUCAGCAGUAUCCUGGCUUCCUUGGUGCUCCAGGUGGCCGCUUGCCCACCUCUGGUCAGCACAGCCCGCCGAGUCAAUUCAGAAAAGAAGACGGUCUCCAAGCAGCAGCAGCGACAGCCGCCAUCCUUAACCUCUCCACUCGCUACCGGAAGAACAUGGAGGCUGUCGCCGGCCGGCCCUUGGCAACCUCCACAAAGGACAUGCUCAUAGAGGUGGACGAAAAUGGCACCCUGGAUUUGAGUAUGAAGAAGAGCAAAGAAAAUGUAAAAGCCCCGACAAAAACACCUUUGGACGACCCACUGUCCCCUUCGGAGUCCAGCGCGGCCAAAGGCGGGAGCGUGCUCAUCAGCCCCGCCUUCUACCAGCCGCUGUGUGAGAGAGACAGCUGGGAGAGCCCCGUCCCCGUCAACUUCAGCAAAGCGCACGCUUUACAGGACGCAGAGGAGGAUUACGAUCACGCCUCCUUGGAGGAUCAACACUAUCAAGGAGACGGCAGCAUGAUGAGCCCAAAAGCCAAGCUGCUAUUACGAGACGCAAAGAAAGAGCUUUUGAGCUGUCCGACCCCAGGCUGUGACGGCAGUGGCCAUGUGACGGGGAAUUAUGCAUCACAUCGGAGUGUGUCUGGAUGUCCCCUGGCUGACAAGACACUCAAAUCACUGAUGGCAGCUAACUCUCAGGAACUAAAGUGCCCAACACCUGGUUGUGAUGGAUCUGGACAUGUGACUGGGAACUAUGCUUCGCACAGAAGCUUGUCAGGAUGUCCACGUGCCAGAAAGGGAGGUUUGAAGCUCACACCAAACAAGGAUGACAAAGAUGAGCAAGAGCUUAAGUGUCCAGUAAUGGGAUGUGACGGACAGGGCCAUAUAUCGGGAAAAUACACAUCCCAUCGCAGCGCAGGCAGUUGUCCGCUCGCUGCCAAAAGACAGAAGGAGUCGUCCAUCAAUGGGCUGCCCUUUGCCUGGAAGGCCAAUAAACAGGAACUGCCCCAUUGUCCCUUGCCUGGCUGCAAUGGCCUUGGACAUGCCAAUAAUGUGUUUGCCACUCACAGAAGCUUGUCGGGUUGCCCACUCAACGCACAAAGCAUCAAGAAAAAGCACUCAGAAGACGAGAUGAUGACCAUCAAACUGAAAGCCAGCAGUGGUGUUGAAAACAAAGAAGAUAUUCAGCAUUUGGAUCAUGAAAUUAAGGAACUUAAUGAAUCCAACAUGAAAAUAGAAGCAGACAUGAUGCAACUUCAAACCCAGCAGAUCUCGUCUAUGGAAUGUAACCUGAGGACAAUUGAAGAAGAGAACAAGAUGAUCGAACAGCACAACGACAGCCUUCUGAAGGAGCUCGCUCGCCUUAGCCAAGCUCUCAUUAACAGUCUAACAGACAUUCAGCUGCCUCAAAUGGGACCCAUCAGUGAGCAUAAUUUUGAAGCCUAUGUGAACACAUUAACUGAUAUGUACAACAACUCGGAGCAUGAAUACUCUCCAGAGUGCAAGGCCCUCUUGGAUAAUAUCAAACAGGCUAUUAAGGGCAUCCAUGUUUAAGCUGUAGAGCUACCAAGAGGUUUCUUUGACUUGGGAUAAUGGCACUAGAUAGCUCUAUUUUACUGAAGAGUGCUGGCUUGGCUGCAUGUAUAAGACAAGGCUUUUGGAAAUGUGUUUGGCAUUUCCCGGUAAAUACACUGCACUGAGAAAAUUACCAGCCAGAUUUGUAAUGCUUUUACUGUUUCUGCAUUCACUUGAUAUGUUUAUCCUGGUGAGAUUUUUACCCCUCUUGCACUUAAUUAUUUUGUAUGGUUUGCUUGAUUUUAAUCUGUAUGUGUUCAUGUCAUUCUUAUA